ACCGGUCUUUGAAGGCCUAGCGGCAGCAUUCAUGGUGGUAUUCGGAAUCAGCAUCGUCGACUACCUAUAGUCCAGUCGGUUUCGUUGAAAAAGCGAUUUAUCAGUUGGGGAUCAUUCCUCGUGAGUGGUAUUAACUUACCAAUGACAAAAAGGAUGUGGUCAUUAUCUCUGUGAAUACCAGCACAAUCAACUAGUAAAAUGUUCAGAAAUAAGAAUAUCUCUCUCAAACGAUGAAGUAGAAAAGAAAUUGGACACGAAAAAAUUAUUCACUAUACAGCAGCAACGAUCGUCGGUUCAUGCAACUUCUGUGUAAUAAGAUAAUUAUAUGUUAAUCAAGGAAAACAAUAACAAAUUUCUUCCAUUUGUGCAAUGUAUUUAAUGUCAAACGUUAUUUUCUUAAGACUGGAAGAAAAUUAGUUGUGGUACUCUGAAUACUCAUAGUGAAAAAUGUAAAAAAGUAAACACCAACAACAAGAUAACGAGCUCUCUUCGACUAACUGAUGACCCGAGUACAAAAAUUGUAUUUGAUGACGAAUGAUCAGUCAUCGAAUCGUCUUCCACGUUUUGUGCUUAUGGUAUGGGAUCAUUUGAAAUCGUGAAAAGUGUAGGUUUUCAGACUUUAUACUAAGAUUUGAGGUGAGCAUGAAGAAACAUUAGCCAAUACAAGAAAACUUAUUACCCAAAAUUAGAUUAAGGGAACAGAAAACAAGAUCCAAAAUCAAAACGAUUUAAGAAAGAUUUAGUAGCAGUGAAUGAUGUUUUAAAAGAAUUCACGCUCCAGAAGAUCAGGAAACAGACGAAGUAGCUGAAUAUUCGAGAGCAAAAUUACGUUCUAAUUCUGAAGAAAAUGUUCUAUUGUGA